AUGCCCAUGCAGCAAUCCCCACAGGUUAGCACACUUACUUCCCAAUCUUCUUGUACUGCUGCUAUCUCGAAAAAGCCAACCAACGGUUCUUCUGACGAUUCCCAAACAUAUCAUGCUCAUAUUGAUGAUGAACGGCUAAACGUGAUCCUUGGAAAGGGAGCUUAUAAAGUUGUGUGGAAAGCUCUAGAUUUUAAGGACGGCUAUGAGGUUGCCUGGAAUUGCUUCCAAACAUCCAAGCAAGAAUCUACAGAGUUUUCCCAGGAGAUUGAAAUCUUAAAGCAGGUCCGACAUCCCAAUAUAAUUACCUUUCGCGAUGCCUGGUAUAACAAUGGAGAGUUUGUGUUUAUCACUGAAUUAAUUACAUCCGGGACACUUCGAGAGUAUAUUCAAAAGCUUAAAAAGCCGUGUUUAAAAAUUGUCCGUUCAUGGACAAGACAAAUUUUAAAUGGGCUUUUGUAUCUGCACUCACAUAGCCCGCCAAUCAUUCACCGGGACAUCAAAUGCGACAAUAUCUUUAUUAAUGGAGCUCACGGUGAAGUCAAAAUAGGCGACAUGGGCACUGCCAAGAUGAAAGUGGGAAAAAAGUAUACCGUCAUUGGUACCCCCGAAUUUAUGGCUCCUGAGAUGUAUGACGAAAGGGGAUAUUCCGAAAAAGUCGAUGUUUAUGCUUUUGGCAUGUGUCUUCUGGAAAUGGUAACUGCCGAGUAUCCGUAUUCCGAAUGCAAAAAUGCCGCACAGAUAUACAAAAAGGUAUCUUCUGGGGUUAAGCCAGAGUGUUUGUCUCGUGUUGCAGAUGAAAUGAUACUUUCAUUGAUUCAAAAGUGCAUUGCAGAAGAAUCGGAAAGAAUAUCUGUUCGCGAGAUUCUUGAACAUCCCUUUUUUGUUUGCGAGCCUGAACUUGUGCUUUUAGGCGUUGAUGAGGCCAGAUUUUCGAUCACUCUUCAAGUAAUUUUAAGGAACCCAGAGUCCACCUCGUUCAGGUUUGAAUACAACUUGGAAACCGAUACGGUCGAAGAAGUUGUCUCCGAAAUGAUUGACGAACAAAUUAUACCUGAUCUAUACCGGAGCCAUCUAAUAGCUCUGCUUAAUAGGCAAAUUCGAAAUUUUCAUCAGAACUUUCCCUUUGCUAUGGAGAUUGCGUCGGUUAGAAGAAUCAAACAACAUAACUCCGACCAGGCCAAUAUAAAUCAGCAGCAGCAGCAGCAGCAACCGCAAGCUCAGAUACCACCAUCAGAAUCAGCUGCCUCGACAAAUCCCAAUGUUUCUACGGCACCCGCUAACAACGUGUCUGCAAUUCCAAAUACCCAGCCACCUCUACCUUUUACGAAUGCAGACCAAACCGCGAUUACACCGCCUACUUUUAUCUUUACAGGGGAUUCCAUUUCUGCUCAGCUUUCAUCUUCAUCCUCUUUACAGCCCAGUUCUCUUCGUAAUUGGAAGAGGGAAUCUCAAUAUAAAGCGGAGCUGACAAGUGCUCAAAAGGAAAUGAUUUCAGCUGUCGAGAGAGCAGUGAUUGCUGAAAAGCGAGCUUCCGAGAUCGACAAGCUGAUGAAAGCUACAGAGAGUAAGCGAACAGAAACGGACCUUGUCAUUGAGAAUCUCAGGUUAGAAAUCAAGAACUUGAAAGACCAAGUUGAUUCAUCUUCACCAUCCGGAGCACCCCCUUAUGCAAUGCAGCAAAGACCGCCAACAUCAAACGAUGACACGAAAAGAUAUCAGAUAUCUAAUACUGUUCUUGAGCAGUCUUACAGUCCCUCUGGGCUGGCUACCAAUGGGGGAGCAGGAGCAGGAGCAGGAGCAGGAGCAGGAGCAGGAGCAGGAGCAGGAGCAGGAGCAGGAG